AUGGCUGUUGACAACCAUAAUUCCUUACUUUCAACACAGAAGUCGUCCGAUACCAGUCUCCAGGUAGCUCUCCAUCCCCUCGUUCUCCUUACAAUUUCAGACUAUAUUACAAGACACACUCUGCGACAACAAACUGGACCUGUAGUUGGAGCCCUGCUGGGUCAACAGAAUGGUCGCGAAAUCACUAUUGAGCAUGCAUUCGAAUGUCUGCUUACUACAGAGGAAGAUGAAGUAAAGCUAUCACCAUUAUGGUUCGAGAAAAGAUUACAACAAAUGAAGGAUGUUCAUAAAGUCCCUGCACUUGAUCUUGUUGGUUGGUACACUAUCAUUCCUAACUCUGGACCACAAUCCAUACAUCUUCCUAUUCAUCGACAAAUCCUCUCUACAUACAAUGAGUCUGCCAUUCUACUCGGGUUUCACCCCGAGGAAGUACUCGGUGGCGCAGUUGGCGGAAAGUUACCUCUCACGAUAUAUGAAAGCAACUACGAGGCAGAGGAAAGCGGCGUAGAGACUGGGGAGGACAAGGAAAUGGAAGACGAGGAACCACAACUCAAGCUCAAAUUCAAGGAACUCCCAUUCACCGUAGAGACUGGCGAAGCAGAAAUGAUCAGCGUUGAUUUCGUGGCUCGUGGUGGAGGAAAUGCUACAGCUGUGAACGGUACUAGCAAGAAAAUUACGAUUGUGGAAGGUAAAGGAAAGGGCAAAGGCAAAGAAAAGUCCAAAGACUCAGAUACCUCGAAACGCGAAGAAAGCAGUCUAUCACGAGAAGACGAAGAACAACUUGCCUCCUUGACUGCAAAGGCAAAUGCUAUCAAGAUGCUUCAAUCCCGAAUCAAUUUGGUCGCCGCUUACCUCCGAAACCUUCCUCCCUCGUAUGUGGCCGACGGCGUUGUCUCGGAAGCAGAUAUCGAAUCGAAGAAUUUUGCACCAGUCAAUCAUUCGAUUCUUCGGUCUAUUCAAGCCCUUCUCGGUCGUCUUACUGUUCUUAUACCCGCCGACAGUCAAGGUUUCGAACACGAACUCAUCUCUGAGAAGAACGAUGUCAGCCUUAUCUCCCUCCUCAGCGAGCUCACGAAAUCAGCGCAUGAUAUCAGAGAAACAGGAAAGAAAUUUGCCGUUGUAGAGAACGGAAAGGCUAGCGGAAUGAAGCGCCCUGGAAUGGGUUGGGGUGACCAAGGCCAUCCAAUGCGAGAAGUAAUGCAUGCUGGAGAUUUAAUGUCAUAG